GUUCAUCGACGAUUUCGCGUGUUCUGCAAUAAGUUUAGAAUGAAGUGAUUCCGGAUGAGGGAAUCGACUCUCAGAGGCAACGAUGGCCGCUCAGAAUUGAACCAGGAGGACGCGUCAGACUUGUGCUCCGCGAUUACGACCGGAAAUCUUGACAUCGAUCCGAAGCUGAGGCUCGAAUUCCUGAUGUCCUCCCGCGUCGAAUGCGGAAGAAACCUCUGCGCUGUCCAGGCACGAUGGAGAAGACAGACUCAACAUAUACUCUCAGCCCGUCAGAGUCGGUGCCAUCCCUUCAUCACCAAACCUACAGCAGGAAUUGUGGUCACCAAGUUCCUCCGUCGGUAAAGCACAAGAUCAAAGUCACCUUGGAAUUCAUCCGAAACCUCAAACUCGAGGCUUUCCUUCUAGUCUACGUGAUGGCCUUCUCGAUGAGACUCAUGAUAACGCAGGAUCUCCUCUUGACAAAGACCUGUCUUCAUCAUUUAAAUUACUCGGAGCAAAUGUGUUCGCAUCCGACGGAAGAAGUCAAGAGCGAGACAGAGAAAAUCGCAAAUACAGUCAACCUAUUCACCAUUUUGGUGCAGCUCGUGCCGUCCGCCCUGCUCUCGAUAUUCGUGGGAACCUGGAGCGAUCGCUAUGGCAACAAAAUGCCGAUCCUCAUCGCAAUAUUGGGUGGUCUUGUCACCGACUUUGGUAAUGCUUUCACGGCGGUCUACAUGGAGAGUUCUCUGUACUGGUCGGUCCUGGCAGCGCUUCCGAACGGCAUUUCUGGAGGUCUAGUCAGUGUUUGGGCAGCUGUGUACUCGCACGCCACGAUUUCAACGAGUCCAGACCUCCGGACUGUCAAGUUCCUGAUGAUAACGCUCGCUAUCCAACUCGGAUUCCCAUUCGGACAAUUCAUAUCGGGACAGGUGUUCAAGUCAUGGGGUUAUGUACCCGUGUACGCGGUGUCUUUCACGCUCUUGUUAGCGUGCUUCGUGUGGAUGCUCAUCAUGGUGCGAGGUCAGAAGAAUCCCGGCGUUUCAAAACUCACCAUGGCGAAAGACUUUUUCAAGCUCGAUAACUUCGUCGAGGGAGUCCGGACCACGGUCCGAGAGAGACCGAAUUCGGGCCGGAAACAAAUACUUCUGAUGUUGGCCACCAUGUGUGUCAUCGUUCUAAAUGCUGAAACAACCCGAUCGGUUACGUACUACUUCGUGAAGAAACAGUUCGAUUGGUCCGUAACGAAGUACUCUGACGUGACGUCUCUAUUCGCAUUGGUGAAUCUUGUGUCGAUUGGGCCGCUCGUUUUGAUUCUCACGAAAGGACUAAAAGUUCGCGACGUUACACUGUCUAUCAUCGGCGUGACAUCGAUGCUGCUGCAAAAUUUCACCAGGGGUCUCGCUUAUCGCGAAUGGAUGUACUACGCAAGUGCGAUCCUGGGCACCGCUGGCGGAGUUUCGACGAUUGGCAUCACGUCUCAUGUUUCACGCAUAGUCUCGCAAAACGAGAUAGCUCGGAUGUUCAGCUUCUGGGCUGCCUGCGAGGCCAUGGUUCCCGUGCUCGGCGAUGUCAUGUCCUCACAGGUGUUCAAUGCGACCAUUGACGCCUUGCCAGGAGCUCCUUUCAUAAUUUCGUCCCUGCUUUUGAUUCUUCCCCUCGGCUCGCUUGUAUACUGUUACCGGAAGUCGAUGGACGACUUCGAACUCUUCGAAGAAGAAGGAGGGGAAGCCAAUGGGUCCGAGAUGGCGUCCUCACCUUCGCUGUGUAGCCCAUGAACGAACGAACACUCGGCCCCAUGACAGGAGAGCUGGUCAGCUCGUUGUAAAUUUUUUCCGCAAGAUUCUUCGAACAAAAGUCAUCCUGCACUGUUCUUAGGUGGAAAUGUUUUUUAAGUUUCGUCGAUUUAGAAUUGGACGCGUUCCCAGCAGAGCGAUCAGCGGGCGUCUGAUCGAAUGUUAACACUGACAUUUCUAAUUUGAUCACUGCUGAUUCAGACGACGAUUGUCGAUCGGCUGCUGUGAUAUUGAGGCCGCGAGCUGCGACUGAUCGGAACCACAUUCGUUCGAUCCAGCUCGAGAGUUACUGUUUUGCUCGGGUACCGAGACAGUCUAUGAAAAUGAGAGUAUAUAUCGUGGAAAGAACUAGCGAGAGAACGAAUCUGUAUCAUUGUUGCGAUUCUUCGGCAUAACCGCCAGCAUUGUAUAUAUAUUCAUUCUAUCGAGCUCGACGUCUAGUCGGGCGAGUAUGAUCUUACGGGCAUAUGAUCCUUUGGGAGACCUGCUGAGAGUAGUU